GGUGGCUACUGCUAGCUAGCAUGAGGACAAAAAGGGCAGUUUUCCGGAAAACUAGCAGUUUUUCAAUCUUCUCGAUGGAACAGUGUGGAUAAACGUAAAAUUGAGUACAGUUGUAUAUCCCAUCCAUGCGUUGAGAAUGACUGAUUGGGUUGGUUAUGGGUAUGCAGCACUCAUUGCAUCCGGAGGAGUGAUGGGCUAUGUCAAAGCACGCAGUGUCCCCUCCUUGGCGGCAGGUAUUCUCUUCGGCAGCCUAGCUGGUGUUGGUGCCUACCAGAUAUCGCAAGAUCCUACAAAUAUUUGGGUGUCUCUAGUCACAUCAGGAGCCCUGGCAGGUGUGAUGGGAAAGAGAUUCUACGGUUCCAGGAAGAUGAUGCCUGCUGGAAUGAUGGCAGCAGCAAGUCUACUUAUGGUGGGGAAGCUGGGUGUUGGAAUGCUGCUGCAGAAGCCCCAGGAGUCAUAAUGCACUGAAAUGAAGAAGACGUUCACAGACACUGAUGUCAAAAUCACUAUCCUCUCGUGCUUUUCUACGGUCUUAUAUCGUUCACCAAGAAUAUCAGUCAGAUAUGUGAAUGUUAUUUUUGGAAAAAUGUAUAAUUGAACAGUGAUUUAUAAAUAACAAGGACUGUCA